CAGAAAAGGUAAAACACAGUGCAGUGCAUGGUGUUUAUAGAACAAGAAAGAUCAUUCUAAUAAAGAAUAUAUAAUAAAAAAAAAAAAAUCAGUCUCCCGGUGAGCAAGCCAACACUACCCUGCUGUGGCGAGGAACCCAAACUCCAAUGAUUGAUUAAUGGAGAAAAAAACCUCUGGAGAAACCAUGCUCAGCCGGGAGGGCCAGAUCCCCUCUGACGUGUCAUAUCUGCACUCAGUGACGCCGGAUUUGUAUUUGUAGACAUGGUACAUCUACAUACUCGUACAGUAAGCAAACAUCUCAAUCUGCUCUCCAUUUAUUAUCAGUGCUUUCUAGCAGUUAAGAUAUUAAAGAGAUCAUCAGUGAUUUUUGGUGUGUUUUUUGCCCAUUUGUUCUUUUUUAUAUAUUUUAACUGCAUGACGGGGUCAGAAUGAGCUGUCCUUUCUUUUGAUAAAUGUCUAAUUUAAAUGCAAAUUGUAUAGUUAUGUGUUAUUAAAAAAAUCAUCUUCACAGACCGCAAGGUUGUUCUUUGCAGAGAGGAAACUUCCUGUUAGGUGUUGCUGCGAUUGAAAUGUAAGAUGUAUUCAAUGUGAGAUCAGUGCAUUUCAACAGGAAGCAAGACAUCAAGAAACAUCUCACGGUAUCUGACAUCCUUGUGUCUUGGAUUUAGCAUCAAAACGAAUCUUCAUUAAAUCUCAGAAGAUGUCUUCGCUGCAAAAUCUUUUAAAGACUACCCACACUUUUCUGAAACGUUCUCCAGUUUACAGCUCUCUCCCAAUGAGUGUUGUGUCAAUUGGACUGGAGGAGUUGGUGGAACUGAAUCUUUCUUGCCCAUGCAAUAGUUGGAAUGGAUGGCUAAUAACAUUCAUCUUCAUUGGACCUUUUUUUUUAUUGUGGGCAUUAAUGGUUGUCCUGUUAAUGCCUGCUGAAAAUCCUGCUGAUGAUAAUGUGGUAAAAAAUACUUCAAAGUGUACUUCAGAAUGUUGGUCAAAAUUUACUUCAAAAUGUAUUUCAUUAUGUACUUCCAAAUUUUGGAAAGCUUUGGCACAUAGUCUGAUUCCUCCUAUAAUGUGGAUCAUUUUGUUGUGUCUUGAUGGUGAUUAUCUGGCUUGUUUCUAUUCAACUUUUGAAGGAGAUUAUGUUUUUGAUCAAAAGCUAAACAGAAAGUGGUGUGCACCAUAUGAACCGGCCUUUGCUGAAAAUAAGUAUUUACACCAGAAGUAUCAGGAGUCCGUCAGCAAUUCUAAGAUGGCUGGUUAUGGAAUGCUUGGUUUAUUAGGUUUACUGAUUCUAAUCUCAACAAGUUUCUGGUACUUCUGCAAAGAAACACCUCCUGUGACUGAAAAAAGUGUAGAAACGCAGACUGAGGAACGAGUAGACACUGUCAUUCAGGUAUACCUUAAUACACAAGAUCAACAGGGAACGAGACGUGACAUGCAGACCGGGCCACACCGUAGCGCACAAGAUCCACAAGUAGAGACUGAACUGCGGGCUGAGGAAAACCUUCACACAGAAGAUCCACAGGGAAUGAGACGUGACGUGCCAGUUGAGGUACACACUAGAACACAAGAUCCAGAGGGUAAUGGAGAGAUUGACAUAGAAGAUGUUAGUGUUCCUCUUGUCCCUCCAAAUCUGGAGGGAUCUUGUCAGCUGUAAAAAAAAAGGGCUUUUCACACUGCACUUAACCCGGGUUAACUUCAUUCUAAAUAGGGAUAACCCCGCUUCAAAAUUACAAGUGUGAACCGUUCCUUGGUUAAAAGUGGGGUGAUCCCUGAAUUGUCCCCAUAGUUAUGAAACCCUGCUCCGUCAUUUUUUUGCGGAUGCGGAAUAAAAUUGUAUUUGAUUAUUUAAAGGGACCAUGCACUAUUUUUAUUCAGUCAGUUUGACUCUGAAGAAUUUAUCCAAUCAUGACUGUUGACACCGUUAACAUGCAAACAAGAAUGUUAACCCAGGGUUUAGUGAUAUACAGUGUGAAACAUCAGGUUAUGAAUACCCAGGGUUAUCUCUUGACCCCUGGUUAAGUAUAAGCAGUUUGAUACGUGAAACAUAUAAUCCUGGAUUCUGUUUCCCUGGGGUUAAGAAUAACCCGGGGUCAACGAUUUCAAGUGUGAAAAGCCCUUUCAAGAAGGGAAAAUAAACUUCAUAUGAAUUGUUUUAUGUUCUGUAGUUCAGUUUGUGAGAUUCUGAACCAAAUGUAACAACGCUUUUUGUGUUUUUUUAUUAAUAUUUCACCCCAAAAUGAAAAUUCUGUCAUUUACUGCCGUAGUAGGGAAAGAAAUUCUAUGGGAGACAAGCUGGGUUAGAUCUGACAUUCUUCCAAAUAUCUUCCAGUGUCUUCAGCAGAACAAAGAAAUAUAUCCAGGUUUGCUAAGUAAUUGUGAGUGAUUGAUGACAGAAUUUUUAUUUUUGGGUGAUGUAUCCCUUUAAGGACUUGUAAAUUUGAGGAAUUGCAGAACUAGUUUUGAAUGCUUCCUGUCUGUUGUGGGUGUUUUUGUUGAUAUUUAUCCUUGUAACUUUACAGACUGGAAUGUGAUGUUUUGAGUUAUGAGCUUUUGGCAGCUAAUCAUUAUAUAUGGCUUGUUUUUAGCUUAUCAAUGCAUUUUUAGGAAAAACAUAAUCCAUUGUAUCUUUGCUUGUGUUUAGUAUUCUGUAUACAGUUGUUUUUUUUUGAUGAGCUCUCAGUCUUGACAUACUACGGAUGGAUGAAUAUUAAAGUAUUUCAAAGGCA